CAAGUGCUCUGGUGGCACGCUCACAGCCGUCAGGAACUGAACAGGCGCCGGGGCUAGGAGGCAGCGCGGGCUGGUGAGCGCAACAGCAGUGCGAGCCAUGUCGAGCCAGCUGCCGCUGCCCUGGGCGCCGGAGCAGCCGACGCCGGAGGAGGAUGCCCGCCUGCGAGCCGCCUACAGGGCGUACCAGCCGUGCGGGGCGGCCAUGUUCGGCCCGUCGCGGGUGAUGCUCGCGCCCGACGCGGCGCCGAUCCUGGAGCGGUGCUACAACACGCCGCUGCACCCGGACGACACGUGGGUCGUGACGCUGCCCAAGUGCGGCACCACGUGGACGCAGGAGCUGGUGUGGCUGCUGCAGAACGACUGCGACUUCGCCGGCGCGCGGACGAUGCUGAUGCCGGACCGCUGGCACUUCCUCGACAUCCUGGCCAUCACACCGGUGCACCGGCGCGCCGCCGUGCGGGCCGAGCCCGAGACGCCGUCGAAGCGCAUCUUCUUCGGGCCGAUCGAGGCGCGGCCGCGGCCCUGGUUCGUCAAGACGCACCUGCCGCUGCACAUGUGCCCGCCCCGACUCCUCGAUACCUGCAAGGUGGUUUACGUCGCGCGGAACCCGAAGGACGCGUGCGUCUCUUUCUUCCACCACCAGCACUUGUUCAACAAGGCGAUGCCGAGCCUCGGUCUGGAGGAGCUUGUGGAUCUCUUUAUCGACGGCCUGGGAGCGAACCUUCCGUACUUCCCUCACGUUCUUGAGGCUUGGAGACAGCGCCAUCAUCCCAACAUGUUGUUCCUCUUCUUCGAAGACCUGAAGAAAGAUCUGCGAGGAAGUAUUAUCAAGGUAGCUGAGUUCUUGGGCAAACCGACGACGGAAAAGCAGCUAGACCAAUUGGAGCAGCACCUGCACUUCAGGAACUUCAAAGACAACCAGUGGGUAAACUGGGAGUGGUUGUCUAGGACGGCAUGGGGCGGCGAUCCGAACAGGAAGUUCAUGAGGAAAGGGCAGACGGGGGACUGGAAGAAUCACCUCACCCCAGAGAUGGACAGGAAAAUAGAAGCCUGGAUGAAAGAGGAGUUGGCAAAUACGGACUUGACCUUCGUGACAGACAUCCCCGAAAGUCAACAAUGACCACUGGGAACAACUGUGGUGAUGCAACUUAAAGUGCAACGCUGUGUUAUUCCUUACACAACCUCUGGACUCUCUAAAAUGCAGGUGCACUGGCGUUCAGUGGCGGUGCAGACGGUCAUAUGAGUGCAUGCGACAACCCUGUAAUAACGUGCAAUGGCAGCGGCAGCAACUUUUAACUUAAAGUUUAUAUUUUUAGUGCAUAACACUUUUUAUUCCGUCUCCUAUUGUUGACAGCCGUUUUGCGCUAUUCUUUCACAACUCCACCAGUUACUUGGGAAGUUGGCUGCCACGUCUCAUGACAACAGUUGAUGUCGUUCCGCCACCCACUGCUUUGUGUAGCUUCAUGCAUGAGCGGUUAGAAAAGCUGUCGCCUGGAGUAAAAAGCUUCAGACUGCCGUGAAGUUUCCAAUCAUGGUCGCAGAGAAUUCCAUUUAUGCCACAAAUGCAAUGACAUACAAUAAAUUAAAAAAACU